AGGGUUUCUCUUAUCCGCCGAACACAGGGGUUUGAGACUCUAAGCACAUCUCUCUCCAGCUCCCGACUCCUCUCCAGUCUGGUUUGUCAAGAUGUUUACUUCAAGCAAGAAGAUUUCGAAGGAUAAGGGUGCAGAGCCGACUGAGUUUGAAGAGUCGGUUGCGCAGGCGAUUUUUGAUUUGGAAAACACUAACCAGGAGCUGAAAAGUGAGCUGAAGGAUCUCUAUAUUAAUUCAGCAGUUCAAGUUGAUGUUGCUGGAAACAGGAAGGCUGUUGUUGUCCAUGUACCCUAUAGACUGAGGAAGGCUUAUCGCAAGAUCCAUGUUCGUCUCGUGAGGGAGCUUGAGAAGAAGUUCAGUGGAAAGGAUGUGAUCCUGAUUGCCACACGAAGGAUAGUAAGGCCUCCAAAGAAAGGUUCUGCUGCUCAACGGCCCCGCACUCGCACACUUACUGCUGUCCAUGAGGCUAUGUUGGAGGAUGUUGUUGCUCCUGCUGAGAUUGUUGGAAAGCGCACCAGAUACCGCCUUGAUGGAUCAAAGAUAAUGAAGGUGUUUUUGGAUCCUAAGGAGCGAAACAACACAGAAUACAAGCUGGAGAGCUUCUCUGCAGUUUAUCGGAAGCUCUCAGGCAAAGAUGUGGUGUUUGAGUAUCCAGUUACUGAGGCUUAGAAGUAUUAUGUAAUAUGAGACCGUUAAUUAUCCUUUCCCUUUCGUUUUUAUUCUCUGAAAACUGCAUUUCAUUGGAAACAGUUUGAAAUUUUGAUAUGAAGGACAUGGUCUUGGUAUGUGCUGGAAAGGUUUUGCUCUUUACUAUCAUGUUAGUGACUAUCAUUUAAGCACCCAAUGACAUCCAUGCUUGUUUUAUUCAGAUGUUAAAGUGUUACUGCUUGGUCAUUGAACUGAGACUAAAUGAUCAACCGCUGUGUAACCUGGACUGCCUGACUGAUUUCAUUGUAGUCCUGUUGGGAUAAGGUGGUAAUGUGUUCAAAUCUGAAUGCGUUGGUUUGGUACGAUGAUUCCACUUAUAUCUGCUUGUUCUCAGCUGAAUGUCGUAUUUGCCUCCAUCAGACCAGUAUGGGUUAAGGGAUGAUCAGAAUAGUGGAUCUCUUGUACACGAAA